AUGUCCAGCCAAUUAGCAUUGGUAUCAAGACAGCAAACGACGGAUUCCACAAAUGCAUCAUCUCCAACAAGCCAAUCCCACAGAAAGCAUAAAUUGACUUCAAGAUCAAAGAGAGAUCUAUUCUCACCUUUAGCUUCUACCAAGGCGAAAGCACCAAGUGCUCAGAAAACAUUUUGCUCAAAGAUGUCACUUUCAGGAACAUUCCAAAGAAUUCUACACAAAUUCUUCUUACUAUCGAAAUUAACAAAGAAAGUAUCAUCACUGUCAAAGUUACUGAUCCUGAAACAAAAUAUGCCCAGGCAAUCGACUUCCACUACGAUCCCAGGCUCAAUGAUGAAAGGGUUCAGAAGAUUAUUAGAAGCCAUAAGGUUGAAUCUGUUGAUGUAUCCACAGAUUGUCAGAUGUUUUUCAACGAACGCGAUUUUUAUCCACAAAUAG